CGACGCCGCAUCGUUUUUUUUCCACGACGAGCAAAUUUCACCUCGCCAACCCCAGACCCGGCACCGCUUGUCUGGGCCUCGCACACGCUUCUCGCAUUCGCUCUUCGUCCGCCUGAAGCCAAUCUGGGCCCGCCAUUGGCUGCUCUCGUCGACGUCUCUCGGCCACCGCCUGUUCCAUUGACGCUGCUCUCUUUGCGCAUCGGUGCUUGAUAUCGUUGCGCAAGCUCGCCCUUCAACCGCAAUCAUGCCUCCCAAGAAGAAGGAACAACAGAAAAUGUCCCUCGGGGACUUUCUGAAUGAUUCAGGUUUUGGUGGUGGAGGCUCUUGGGCUGAUGAGGUUGAGGAAACCUAUGUUUCUGGUACCCAGCCUCUUCCCCCGGCUCGAGACAGCGCUCGCUCCGGCGGUGGCAUGUCUUCGUGGCAGGAUCGUGGCUACUCUGUCCGCGAAUCCAUUCCUUCCAAGAUUCCCGAUAGGCCCCCCUUUACCGCUCACUUGGGUAACUUGUCGUAUGACGCAACCAGCGAGUCCGUAACUGCCUUCUUCGAGGGCUGUGACGUCGUCAGCGUUCGUAUUAUCGAAGACCGAGAGCUACAGCGACCCAAGGGCUUUGGAUAUGUUGAGUUUGGCAAUGUUGAAGGCCUCAAGAAGGCCCUGAACCUUGAUGGAGAGUCCUUUGAGGGCCGUAUGAUCAAGAUCAAGGUCGCUGAUCCUCCUCGUGGCGGUGAUGGCCGAGAUGGUCGAGGUGAAUCCGCCCGGGACCUGAGCGAUUGGACUCGCCGAGGCCCUCUGCCCGAUGUUGGCCCAUCAAGGGGCCCCCGAUCUGACUUUGGCGAACGACGCCUCCGUGAUCCCGCCUCCGAAGGCCGUGCCCCCCGUGAGAUGAACUGGGAGCGACGAGGACCUCUGUCUCCUACUGUUCCCCAGGAGCCUGGAUCCCGUGAGAGCAGCCGUGCGCGUGGACCCCAGGAGGGUCUGGGCGAGCGCAGCGAAUCAUACCGUGGAAACCGCCGCGACCCUGCAACCUGGGGAGAGGGCAAUGGCCGUCCUCCUCGCCAGUACAACGAGCGCCCCGAGCGUCCCGAGCGCACCGCUACCGCUGCUGAAAAGGAUUUCCAGUGGCGCAGCAGCAUGCGUCCGGAUGCUGCUAACGCACCUGCAGCUGAGACUCCGGCCUCCCCCGGAGCUGCCCCGGCUCAACCUGCUGGCCGCCCUCGCUUGAACCUUCAGAAGCGAACCGUUUCAGAGGCUGCUGACAGCUCUGCCUCUGCGGCCUCGGACUCCAAGGCCAGCCCCUUUGGUGCUGCUCGCCCUAUUGACACCGCGGCGAGGGAAAAGGAGAUUGAGGAGAAGAGACUGCAGGCUAUCCAGGAGAAGCGUGAGGCGGACGAGAAGGCCAAGGAAGAGAAGCGCCUUGCCAAGGAGGCUGCCGCCGCCAAGGCUGAAGCUGAAGCUGAAGCUAAAGAAGCCGCUGAGGCUGGUGAGGCCAAGCCUGAAGCAAAGGCUGAAGCCGAGACAGAGACCAAGCCAGAGGGAGAGGCAAAGGUUGAGGGAGAGACGCAAAACGGUGCGGCAGAGGAGAAGAUCCCCAUCCGAGCCAAGGAUCAGCCCAAGGAGGCGCCGAAAUCAAGAGCUACUGAGUCUGGCAACUGGAGAUCAGAGCCCCGAACACCCCGUGGACCUCCCAACCGUGGUGACCGUGGCGACCGUGGCGACCGUGGCAGCCGUGGAGGCCCGGCUCGAGGACCUCGCAACGAUAACCGCGCCCCUCGAUCCAACGGCCAGCAGGCUGCUGCACCUGUAGCAGAGGGCGAUGCCCCUGCCGCUGCCCCUACUGCUGAUGAGGACGGCUGGACUACCGUUGCUGUUGGCAAGAAGGGACGUACCGGCCGAGUGUAAAAAAACAAAAGCGAUUGUAAAAUUUGAUCCCCAUUUCCUUUCGGUUUUCAUGACUAGAGAUGCCGUCGCAAGGUUUACGCCAGCAGAUCCAGUCCUGACAUCCUGUGCACUUGUCUCGACUUUUUUUUUUUUCCCCUUGACGCUUUACUGUUUUGCGGAGAAGGCCCAUGCGGCCUAUAUUCUCGGCUAUCUCCAGGCUGAAAACUGCUUGGAUAUGGCCCAUGAUUUUCCGGCAAUGCCAGAUGAUGCCGCCUCGACACCAAAGAUGACUCUUUUUGAGUCACCUUGGCUGCUCUGGUAUCAGUUGGUGGAGCCCAUUACAGCAUUACUUGCCUUGCCUACGUUCGCUGGAUGAGCUUGAUAGAGGCUUAUUUGCUACUUGGCAGACGG